AACAGCUUGUGUAAUAAGUGCGGGCCUUCUUCCUUGACACAACCCACUCGUCCUUCAACGUAUGCUGAACUGGUAUGCGCGUUGACCUCCAAUGAGAUUGUUUCGGGCCAGGAUCAUAAGGGACUAUUGAAAAAUGGCUCUGCCACAGCAUCACGUUCGUCGGUCAGAUUUUCUACUGAGGGUAGAGCUUAUUUGCCUGCUUCUCCAAUUUCGUCUGAUAUUGAUGGCCCCGAAGGGGACUCUGUUAGAUCACCAGAAAUACAGCCUAGGACUCCCAGAGCGAAUCAGCAUGUCCAUCGUCACCGGCCCUCACGGAGUACUCUGCGGAACUUUUCGCAAUCCCUAUAUCAGCGUCCCACAGAACUAGCUGCCCCUAAAUUCGAGCUUAGAAGAGUUAACAAGCGGAAACCAACAGUGGACACCACUGAAAUGGCCACUGAGGGGGCAGUUGGCCUACCAGAAGACAGUGAAGCCGGCUACUCACCAAACACUGGAGCUAGAGAAACC